CAAGAGAGAGAGAGAGAGAGAGAGAGAGAGAGAGAUCCCCCGAGAGAUAUGGCAAAGUUGAGGUUGGAAGGCAAGGUGGCCAUCAUCACCGGCGCGGCCAGCGGAAUAGGCGAGGCUGCGGCGCGGCUCUUCGCUGAGCACGGCGCCCGGGUCGUCAUCACAGACAUCCAGGACGAGCUCGGGGCCGCAGUGGCGGCCUCCAUCGGCGCCGACCGGUGCAAGUACUACCGGUGCGACGUGCGCGACGAGCAGCAGGUGUCCUACCUCGUCGACUUCACUGUCGCCACCUUCGGCCGCCUCGACGUCAUGUACAGCAACGCGGGCAUCAUAUGCCGGGGCAGCCUGCUCCAGAUGAACCUGGAGGACUUUGACAACGUCGUAGCCGUCAACACGCGCGGCUGCGUCGCAGCUGUCAAGCACGCGGGGCGCGCCAUGGCGGCGGCCGGCACGCGGGGAUCGAUCAUCUGUACGGCCAGCGUGGCGGCGACAGUUGGCGGGAUGGGCCUGCACGCGUACACGGUGUCGAAGCACGCCGUGCUCGGCCUGGUCCGGUCGGCGGCCGGGGAGCUCGGGCACCUGGGGAUACGAGUGAACUGUGUGUCGCCCGCGGGGAUGGCGACGCCACUGGCGCUGGGGUUCAGCGGGAGGACAGCGGAGCAGGCGGAGGCGGAAUGGGAGGCAAUGUCGGCGCUCAAGAGGGGUGCGAUGAAGGCCGGGGACGUCUCUGCGGCCGCGCUGUUCCUGGCGUCUGAUGAGGCAGCAUUCGUCAGCGGGCAUAAUCUGGUGGUCGACGGCGCGAUGACGGCGAUUGGACCCAAGCCGCCGGGGUUUGACCUGCAGUGAAUUUAAAUCUUCAGAGUGAUUUGCUAUUCAUGUAUGUCGAAGGAUGCUUUACUUGCUACUCCAACAGUUGAGUGCUUUGAUCUAAAAAUAUAACCUGGCAUGAAUGGAAUAAUUUAACAAAGUGAAAUUAUGCAACAAAGAUGUUUCUAUUUUAACA